AUGCCGCCUGGAAUGUACCAAGUCCAAAAGGGUCCAUAUCAAGAAGGUCCCGCUCCACCAGUUGAAAAUGUUCACUAUGCAGACUACAUAGCAAAAGGGGAUAUUCCUGGGCCAAUUCAAAGAUACUGUAGACCUCAACAAGGGCAAGGUGCAUACCACAAAAACCAAGGGAACUACACUAACAAUUAUGGUGGAUCGAACCAAGGUAGAUACAACAACAAUAAUGGUAACUUCGGAAACAAAAGUUCCAACCCUUAUAUUCCACCAAAAGGGCAGUCUAAUGAUCAAGGUAGUUCAAGGUUAGAGUCAAUGCUUGAAAAAGUGUUGGCAAGUCAGAUGAAUACCGAAAAGACAUUAUCUGGGCUAUCAAAGACAGUGGCUAUUCAAAACCUUGAACAACAGAUGCAUGGCCUUUCUAGAGAGCAGCUUCGUGCUAAAAAGAGAGGACUUCCUAGUGAUACUAUUCCAAACCCUAAGAAUAGAGGUGGUGGUUUGGAGAAUUCUUUUGCUAUUAGCACGAGAAGUGGUAAAAUACUUCAAAGUGCUGACAAGAAGGUGAUUGAUCUAGAUCCGGUUAAUGAGGAAGAACUGGUGCAGUCUAAUGUGCCUAAUGUGGAUGAUGCAGUUCGAGUUGAAGAGAGAGUUGCUGAUAUUCCAAAUGUUGCUGCUGAUACUAAUGCUGUGAAAGAGAUGCCCGGAUUUGAUAAGUUCUUGAAAUACCUGCUUACGAAGAAGAGGUCUGUUCAAUAUGAGACAGUGAAUUUAACUCACCAACUGAGUUCGAUUAUUGCUUCUACCACAGUUAAGAAAAAAAAAGAUCCAGGGGCGUUUACCAUUCCGUGUAAUAUUAGGCAUCAUUCUUUUACUCGUGCUUUCUGUGAUAAUGGGGUGAAUAUCAAUUUAAUGCCUCUUGCUACUUAUAAGAAAUCUGAAUUCGGAAUGCCUAGACCGAAUUCUAUACGAUUACAAAUGGCGGACAGAUCCAUCAAGAGGCCAGUUGGGGUUGUAGAUGAUGUGUUGGUAUCAGUGGGUAAGUUUAUGUUGCCUACUGAUCUCGUUAUACUGGAUUUUGCAGUUGAUAAAGAUAUUCCUAUCAUCCUGAGAAAACCCUUCCUUGCUACGGCCAGAGCACUUAUAGGCUGUGAGAAGAACUAA